GUAUUAACUAAAUAUUAUUGAAAAUUACUAUUAGCCAAAAAUAAAAUGUUUGAAUUUAAUAAAGGCCCAUUGCAAUACUAAAAGUCCUUAGAAUACCUGAGAUUUCCCUUAAUAGAUUUGAACGAUACGCCAUUGAGUUAUCUAGAAAAUAAAUGAAAUUUUGGGUUCUGUGUGGUCACUUGUCGAUUCUUUGGGCUUUGUAUAAUCGCAAAUUUUUGUUUUCGAGCAAAAUCUGAAAAACGUAUCCCUCUUAAUAAAGUUUGGAAAAAGGUUAUCGUGGGCGGGGUCGACGCUACUGUAAAAAUGCGACGCUAUAAGAGAGAGGCGUCCGAAAUUCUACGUAGUUAAUCUUUGGUCCUCACUGAAGUGAUUUUAGUGAUAACAGGUGUGAUUCCACCUUUUUUGCCCUUCGAAACAACUCAAAUUAACACAAACAACAUGCCUGGACCAUCUAGACCUUUGUGGCAAGUAGCUGGAAAACGCGACCCCGAACAAGAACGCGAAGCUCAAGCAUGGAUUGAGAGCGUAAUUGGACAAAGAUUUCCUGCAGUUCCCUACGAGUUGGCUCUUCGCGAUGGAAUCAUACUGUGUCAGUUAAUGAACAGGCUGCAACCUGGAAUUAUUUCCAAAAUUAACGUUUCGGGAGGCGAUUACAAAAUGAUGGACAACCUUAGUCAGUUCCAAAACGCUUGUGUGAGAUACGGAGUACCUGACGUAGAUCUCUUCCAGACUACCGAUCUUUGGGAUCAGAAGAACAUCGCUUUAGUUACCACCACCAUCUUUGCCAUUGGUCGCACUUGUUACAAGCACCCUGAGUGGAGGGGACCAUUCUUGGGUCCCAGACCAUCAGAAGAAAACAAACGUGAAUUCUCUGAGCAAAAGUUGAGGGCAGGCGAAGGAAUGAUUGGUCUUCAAGCUGGUUCUAACAAAGGAGCCACUCAGGCCGGCCAAAACUUUGGUGCUUCCAGGAAGAUCAUCUUGGGAAAAUGAACAACCCUACUGUCGAACUGUAUUGUUUUUAGUUAAAUAAAUGAGAGUUUUGUUACAAAUUAUAGCAGAUAUAUAAUGUGGCUGUUCUGUAUAGCUUGAAAUGAUUAUAUUUUUGUUCCAAUUAAUUUGAAGUCAACAGCAACUUUGUUUCGUUUUGAUUAAUUUUAUUAUGAGAAUUUAUUUUUACCAUACUCAGUUAGUUUUGAUACAUUAGUCUUGUCUUAAUGUAAUUUGUAGAUCGACUUACAGUUAAGCACCAAAAUAAUACCAUUAGUGAAAAAAAAAUAAACGGAAAUAGCCGGUUUAUUA